GUCAUAUUCUUCUAUAACUGACUCGAGGGGAACUAAACAAGCGGAAAAGUCGGUUACUUUUACAGCUGUUGACAGUUUAAACCUUUUAACUGAACCUGACGAUUUUUUUUAUUUUGACACCGUCACUUAAAAAAUUGUCAACGUUUAUUGGAGCAGAAAUGGCGCUCACCGACGCCGACGUGCAGAAACAGAUCAAGCACAUGAUGGCCUUCAUUGAGCAAGAGGCCAAUGAGAAAGUUGAGGAGAUUGAUGCUAAGGCAGAGGAAGAGUUCAACAUUGAAAAAGGUCGUCUGGUUCAGACGCAGAGAGUAAAAAUAAUGGAGUACUACGAGAAGAAAGAUAAACAAAUAGAACAACAUAAGAAAAUUCAGAUGUCCAACCUGAUGAACCAGGCCAGACUGAAGGUGCUGAAGGCACGUGAUGACAUGAUCAUGGAUUUGUUGACAGAGGCCCGUCAAAGACUUGGGGAAAUCGCCAAGGACCCUGCUAAGUACUCUUCCCUACUGGAAGGCCUAAUACUUCAGGGAUUCUAUCAGUUGCUGGAGCCCAAAGUUACCAUUCGCUGUCGGCAGCAGGAUGUAGAAAUGGUUCAGGCUGCAGUUUUAAAAAGCAUCCCUAUUUACAAAGAGGCUGUGAAGCAGAACAUAGAUGUCAAAGUUGACAAGGAACGCUUCCUUCCAUCAGGAAUCUGUGGUGGAGUUGAGGUCUACAAUGAUAAUGGAAAGAUCAAGGUUUCAAACACUUUGGAGAGCAGGCUGGAACUCAUAGCCUAUCAGAUGAUGCCAGAAGUCAGAGGUAACCUGUUUGGUGUCAACCCGAAUCGCAAGUUCACAGAUUAAUGUAGGUUUUAAGUGGCAACAUGGCCAAAGUGAAUGUAAUGUGACCACGGGUUAUCAUUUCAGUAAUAAUCUGUACAAUCUCCUGCCAGACAUCACGUCAAGUAUUUCUUAAGACUUUAAUGUCUAUGUGUCCUCCCCUUUGUUAUUUUGUUUUUCUACAAACAGUGUAUUAAUUUACUUGCACUUACACCUACAUCUAAUGGUUUGUCAGGUGGACGGUCUGCAUCACAAAUGUUCAAACUAAACCAAUAAAAAGUUUUCAGUUUAUUUUGUAA